UGCUUCACCAAUAGGUCGCACGUCAAGGAUUGGUUCUUGCGGGCGCCUGUAGCUCUGUGUCCGUCCGGCCGGUGUGCGCUUCCGGGGAAGGGCUCUGGUAGAAUGGCCGUCAGAGCAUGCGGUCUGAUCAUCUUCAGGAGGAUUAAAGCCGGAAUCCCAGCUGCUGCCGUGGAUGAUAUCGAGUUUCUGCUUCUACAGACCUCUUACGGCGCUCACCACUGGACCCCUCCUAAAGGCCACGUGGACCCAGGGGAAGAUGAUCUGACCACGGCGCUGCGCGAGACGGAGGAAGAGGCUGGUCUUCACCCCAACCACUUCCGGCUGGUGGACGGCUUCCGGAAAGAGCUGAAGUAUAACGUCAACCAGAAGCCCAAAACCGUAGUCUACUGGCUGGCGGAGCUGAACGACUCGAACGUGGAAGUGAAGCUGUCCGACGAGCACCAAGACUUCCGCUGGCUGGGCCUCGGGGAAGCCUGUCAGUAUGCCGGGUAUGAAGACAUGCAGCACACGCUGAAAGAGGCUCACGUGUUCCUAACGGGACGCUCCGGGUAACGACAUCAUAACAAGUGAAUUCCGAGCAAAUAAUGUGUCCGCUAAAAAAACAAACUGUUCUUCAUUAGAAUUUUCAGGGUAAAUUACAAAUAAAUUGUUUUUUAUUCA